AUGUCGACACAAUCAUACUAUCCUGGAUCUGCUGCUUCACCAGCAAAGAAGCAAAGAAUGUCUCUCACACAAACAUACUACAUUGCAUCCACGGCAAGGAGCAAGCUUGGUCGUGAGGCCUCUCGUGCCGACCACAACCUCAGACUCCUUGUUGGCCACGCCAACCUUCUCGACACUCUUAUGAUCGAACUCCAGGACGCAGAGAGAGAACAAGAGGCUUGGUUCAACGAGUCCAUCAAGGCCAGCAAGCCUGAACCUGCUACUCGUCACAUCCAAUGGAUCGAUUCCAUCGCUGAGGAACUCGAGGACGACUCAUCAGACGAGGAGAGCGACGACGAAGACUCAUUCUACGACGAGGACGACGAUCUCGUUCGUGCCACCCCAUCAUCAUACUCUGUCUCGACCGUCUCGACUGUCGAAGUCGAUGAUGACGAGUUUGAGGAGGACUACGAAUACGACGACGAGCAUGCCCUUACUCGCGUAGAUUCGCACCCCCCAGAGCUUGUUCACGGCGACUCGGAUUCAGAGGACGAGUCAAUGCCACCAUCGCCUACACAAGAAGCAAUGGACCUUCAAGAAUCACAACACGCUCAACCUAUCAAGACAACACCAUACCUCAACAAGAUGGACCACUCAGAUUACCUUGGCGACAACAUUGUCAUCUCGCAACGGCAAUCAACAAUGAUUAGUGCCUACUAG